GACAACGCAGGGUGCUGAUCGCAACGAAUUGGAACAGGCUGCUAUAUGUUUCUUCAUGGCAAAUGCUUAUAAUGAAAUGCUUUUCACGCGAGGAAUGGGAAAAAGUGACGACCCUGACAUUUGGGAUGACACAGCUUUGAUAAAGGCUUAUGAUAAAGCUGUCGCAUCAUUCAAGAAUGCCUUGAAGGGUGAAGAGGAGAGUGUGGAAUCACCCAAGGAGAGCAAGCCGGGAAAGAAACGGAAAAGCAACAAGAAGAACCGAAGCAGAAAGAGAAGUAAUGCCAUCCCUGAAAAAGAGUGGAAAGUUGGGGAGGCCUGCUGUGCAUUCUGGUCUGUAGAUGGUAAAUUGUACCCAGCUACAGUCACCUCAAUAGAUGAGGAAAAGGGGACCUGCACCGUUGUAUACACUGCCUAUGGAAAUGAGGAGGAGCAGAACCUGGUGGAUCUUCUGUCUGACAAUUCCGAAGUGGAGGAGGAUGGAGCCAAAAUGGCUGAUCAGGUGAAAGAGGGCGAGUCCUCAACGGACGAGAGUGACAAGUGUUCGAGCUCGCAGCUGCCCAAUCAUGGACCCAGAUCUGAACCCAAACUCAAGCCUGCGGGCCGCCCUUCUGCCCCACCCACAGGGUCCACUUUCAGACCGCCAGAGUCAUGGAGACCUGCUGGCCCUGGAGCUCCUCCUCCUGACCCUGGAGCUCCUCCUCCUGGCUGGCCUCCUUCGCUGUCCUUUGGCCCACCGAUGGUACCCCCGCCCCCUCCUCUGUGCCCGGACUCUCUGCAGGACGACGAAGCCCUGAACUGCAUGCUCAUCUCCUGGUACAUGAGCGGAUACCACACCGGCUACUAUAUGGGGUUGAGAAAGGCGAGGGACGAGACUACCUCUGGAAAAAGGCCUGACCCCAGUUGAAGAGUUCACAUGCCUCUGGUUUUUCUUAGGUAUGUUGGGGGAAUUUGUCUAUGCCAGGGAUGGUGGUGGAUAUGGAUGAUUAUUGGAAGGAGGUGAUUUGUGUAUGUUAAGUUUUCUCACUGUAACCUUGUUUUUUUAUAUGAUGUUUUACAUUUUUUGUAAAUGAAGGAAUAAAAGAACUGUUGUAUCCA